AUGUCUUUACAAGUUGGAAUCAAUGCAAAGAAACUGAAGAGAUACACGAAACGACGCGUACCUACUGGCGGUAGCAUUAUAGAGUGUACGAAGUCCCGUCAAGAUUCAGUGUUUCCCGACCCGGAACUUCAACUACCCUUGAUAUCGAACAUCGUCUUGAGUCCCGCUGGGGUCUCCACGUUCUUCUGGCUUGCAGAUACCACUCCUAUCCUUGAUAUGCCAGUGGUCGAGUCUGGGGUUGCGGGUGGUGUAUUGGAUAGCAUCCAAAUCAGGCCUGUUGAGAAUAUUUUGACGAAAGAUGCUGUGCUUCAACCACGAACAUCAAUAAUCGUUAACCAGGCUGGCGGGCAGCAUAUUGCUUGCCGACAUGUACGAGAAAUUACCUAUGCGCAAUGCAUCAUCAACGCCCUGAAGUUGAGACAAAGCCAAGGAUGGUGCACGGCCAAGGAUGAAAAACGGUCAGUCCUUUAUCAUCAGCAGCCGAUUCACUACAUCGGAUAUGGUGUAACGACUAACAUUACCGCCUUUCAUGAGAGGCCGACCGACUUUACGCGGUCGCCCGGGGUUCAAUUCCCAUAUCCGAAUCAUAUUCGAAAACUGCUCCUUUUGUCGAGGGUGGGAGUAGCAUUGGAGUCUGCAACGAGGGCAAGGAGGAAGCUGAUUCCGCUGUUCAUGGAUGAACUAGGCUGA